AUGUCCCCACAGGGGAAUUUACACGAGGUGAGGAGGAUGCAGUGGGCACCGCAAACCUCCGUCGCGCAGGACAUAAUCUCCUCAGAGGGGACCGCGCUGCCCGGGAAGAUGCCGCAGCCGGAAUCUCCCGUGGCGGGAACGGAGGUGGUGCCGGAAGAGAGCCAGAGGGACGCCACAGACCGGAAGCAUCGCUUCCAAAAUCUCUGUCCCCGCGGCAGCCGCUUCCGGGAAAAACAGCCCCCAUGCCCAUGUUACCCCCUUACCUCGGGCCGAGCCCGUGUCGGGAAGCAGCUUCCACAUGGGUCCGGGAGCUUCGGGCCCGGGCGGCCCGGCGGCCGUGUAACUGCGCAAACCACGCGCACGUCACCAGCGCUUACAGCCGACGCGAGCUCCGGGGCGUGCGCGCUCCCGGGCUUCCGGGGCACCCAGGCCGCCCUACCGAUGUUCAGGGAGGUGGCGACCCGGCCGGAGAGGCCGCGCCUCGGGUUCAAGGUCGAGGUGCGAGCGCCCAGUCGCCCCCGCCCCGCGCGCCGCCCUCGCCCGGCCGGACCCGCCCCCCGCCCCGCCAUCUUCCGGCCCCGCUCCUGGAUGUCCAGCAUGGCGCUAGCCUCUCUGCCUUCCUUUGCUCGGGGUCUCCGGCUCUUCUGCGGCCUCGGUCCUCGGCGGUUUUUCAGUUACGGAACAAAAAUACUGUGUCAAAACACUGAAACUCCACGGUCUAAAUUUUUUCCACCUCUCAAAACCCCAAUGCUACCACCUAACAGUUUUCAAGGCAAAGUGGCAUUCAUUACCGGCGGAGGAACUGGCCUUGGUAAGGGAAUGACAACUGUCCUGUCCAGCCUUGGAGCCCAAUGUGUGAUUGCUAGCCGGAAGAUUGAUGUUUUGAAAGCGACUGCAGAAGAAAUUUCUUCUCAAACUGGAAACAAGGUGCAUGCAGUUCAGUGUGAUGUGAGGGAUCCUGCUAUGGUUCAGAAAGCGGUGUCGGAGCUGAUCAGAGUCGCAGGACUCCCUGAUGUUGUGAUAAACAAUGCAGCAGGGAAUUUUAUUUCUCCCACCGAAAGGCUCUCUCCUAAUGGUUGGAAGGCCAUAACUGACAUUGUUCUAAAUGGCACUGCCUUUGUGACUCUAGAAAUCGGAAAACAACUAAUUAAAGCCCAGAAAGGAGCAGCAUUUCUUGCUAUUACAACUAUCUAUGCUGAGACUGGAUCAGGUUUUGUGGUACCAAGUUCUUCAGCAAAAGCCGGAGUGGAAGCUUUGAACAAAUCUCUUGCAGCUGAAUGGGGCAAAUACGGAAUGCGAUUCAAUAUAAUUCAACCAGGGCCUAUAAAAACCAAAGGUGCCUUUAGUCGCCUUGACCCAACUGGAACGUUUGAAGGUGAAAUGAUCCACCAGAUCCCCUGUGGGCGUCUUGGAACUGUGGAGGAACUCGCCAAUCUUGCUGCCUUCCUUUGUAGCGAUUAUGCCUCGUGGAUUAGUGGCGCAGUUGUAAAAUUUGAUGGUGGAGAGGAUGUGUUUCUUUCAGGGGAAUUCAACAGACUGAGUAAGGUCACCAAAGAACAGUGGGACACAAUAGAAGCUCUCGUCAGGAAGACCAAAGGAUCCUAG